AUGCAGGCCGGUCCUGUUGCUGAGGACCAAAAGGUGGAGGAGGAGGAAAUCAUCGAAGCAACUGAGGUGGCCGGUGAUGAGAAGAAGAAAAAGAAGAAGAGCCUCGGAUGCGUGACGGCGCACGUUGAUUAUCGCUGGCUGAAUGUAGGGAAGUAUCUAGUUUUGCUGGACUGCGACUCCUCUGAGUCCCAUUCAAGUUGA